CAGUCACUCUAGCUUCGGAGUUCCCUCAAUAGACUUAACUAGUGUAGACGGACAGCUCUAUUUCAACAUAGAGCAUAAUUGGCGCAUUUUGUGUAGUGUAAUUCGCUUUGAUUCUACCUAAUGCAGGCCCUCCUAAAUGUGUCCCCUUUCUGUGUUUUUCUUACAGAUAGCGAUCCCAGGUUUGGCUUUGCGCCUGUCCAGCCACUACCACCGGCUCAGCCCGCAGCUCCGGCCGCACCAGCGCCACCGCCUCCACCAGCAGGUCCGCCAGUGCCACUAGUGCCAGUGCCCGCGCCAGUGCUCGUGCCAGUGCCCGCGGCUGCGCCCUUGCCCGUGCCAGUGCCUGCACCAGUGCCUGUGCCGCCCGCUCCACCGACUCGACGACCACCUCGACCGCGACUUGCACCACCGGGUGCACCUGCACCUGGUAUGUGGAGGCCGCAAAGGGUUGCGGGCCUUCUAUCGAGACAGGCCACAGCGGCUCUCUUUGGAGUGAAAGUGCAAUUGCGUCCCCCCCGCAGGAUGACAGCUAUUACAGCACGUAAUAGGUUGGCAGUGGAAGCUGCAGAAGAACGAAGGAGAGCGACGAUAUGAACUUCGGCCAGAGACCAUCGGCUAGAGGGCCACCUCCGGACUACCACCAUCUGGAGGGGCCCUCCCCCCGGCCCCACCACCUGCC